CGAAGAUAUGCGUCCGGGAGAGUGACUGUAACGGUGACGGGCUCUUUGUGGACUGUGCCGUGUUGUCACCAGCUGGCGUUGUGGAGGACGGUGUGGAAGACUAUCAGUGACAUGCGUCUCUCCGAGCGGAUGGUUUCACUCCGAGCAGGCGUGUGGAGCUGAAGGGCAGCAGGACACAGACUGAUGGAAGCGCCAGAACCUCUCCGGGUUAUAUAACUGAGCUCAUCGAUUACACAAAAAAACAGUGAUAAGGUACUGUUGCCCCAGAACAGGUCGGAGUUCAACCCCUUUAUCUACCCCGUAAGUAAUAACUCAUGGACUGAAGAGAAAUGAGUUCAUCUUCACUCAGGCUGAGUUGGCUGGAGGAUAUUGUCUGAGACAAUUUGGUUUGCAGACAAUUCCAGCGACAUCCGUGCAUGCCACCAUGAACGUGGGUACCGCGCACAGCGAGGUGAACCCCAACACCAGGGUGAUGAACAGCAGGGGGAUCUGGCUGUCUUACAUCCUUGGCAUCGGCUUGCUUCACAUUACCCUGCUCAGCAUCCCCUUCGUAAGCGUCCCCGUCGUCUGGACCCUCACCAACCUCAUACACAAUCUGUGCAUGUACCUCUUGCUUCACACGGUCAAAGGGACGCCCUUUGAGACCCCGGAUCAGGGUAAGGCUCGCCUCCUGACCCACUGGGAGCAGAUGGACUAUGGCGUGCAGUUUACUGCUUCACGCAAGUUCCUUACAAUCAUACCCAUUGUCCUGUAUAUAUUAACCAGCUUCUACACUAAGUAUGACAGAGUCCAUUUUAUAGUCAACACAGUGUCCUUGCUCACUGUGCUUAUUCCCAAACUGCCGCAGCUGCAUGGCGUUCGGAUCUUUGGGAUUAACAAAUACUGACAGCCUGGAAGAAGAAAAGGACAAGGUUUAAUGUCCCCCAGGAUCGCUGAGAGCGCACAGUGUGUUGGGCCUUUGAUGAGGACCUUUGGCACCUUAUUCUACUAAAGAGCUUCAGAGAAGGCCUGUGAGGAUGCUGCCAUGAAACACAAUCAGAAAGACUCUGAGGAGAGAGCACAAGAGGAACGUGUCACGUUGCAACAAGCUGUGGUUUAUCUCAUGUUUUACAGACACUAAAUCUUAUUUAAAGAUGGAGUUUCUGAGAUUUCUAAAGACAAUGACCAUAAAAUGCCUCUGCUAUUUCACUUAGCUGGCACAUCAAGGCAGUUUUUAAAAUAAAUUUUUGUGUAAUGAUAUGCUACUGUAUUUAUUCAGCCUCGCUCCAGUCUGCAGCUUUGUCUGUCUUGAGGUUUGGAGCUUUAGUGGAGAACAACAGUACCACGGUGGGGGCCUGGUGAAGUGCUGCAGAGGCGAGACACAAGAAACCACCAAGUUUUAUAUUUGGCUCUUCUCUGCUCUGCUGUGCUCGGGGUCAAGAUCGGGAAGUUGAGCAAUCCUUAUUUUUAUCUGCCUGUUUCCAUAUUUGGAAAACUCUUGUCCUGGUUUGUUCUGUAUGCAAAGUCCUCUGGCACAGAAUGAGCAAACUUGACCAGACGGUGCACAAUGGCAGUUCAGAGAUAAGAUUUCUGUUCUUAAAAUACCACCGAGGGUACAUAAUUACACCGUGAAGGUACUUAGGCUCUGUUGCUUCCACUGGUUCCUGUUGGCAGAUCACAGACCUAAUGUAAUGCAGUAACAAAGGUAACAAAGUAACAAAUUAUUCAGGAUUUUUGGCAUAUGUACUUCAGAGAUGCACAGAUUGAAAUUCCCUGACUUAUAGUAAAAAAUAGCCUUACUGUAAAUUAUUCUUUUAAUGUAGCAGCAUUAUGCCACUGAGUAAAUGUAAAAUAUUCAACCAUUAAUUUAACAUAUUUGGGGAAUUGAUUAAUUUAAUGUUUAGUAUAUUUCUGAAAUUUAUUGUGGUUUUAGCUAGGACUGAAACAAUUGGAUUAAUUGUGAUUAAUCGAUUAUUGAAGUAAUUGUGUGCUAAUUUAGUAUUCGAAUAAUCGUUAACUGGAGUAUACAGACUAAAACAUGCAAGAAGAACCUACUCAGAGCAGUAAUUAGGCUAAAAUUGUACAAAAAAUAUAUACAUUUUGCAUUUAAGAUGAACUCCUCAAGCAACAUGGCUUUAGCUUCACCUGGGUUAAAUUCUGUAAAAGAAAAUCUCCUAUUAAGCACUUUUUGCUAUUCAAUUUUUAUUUGAUUAAUUGAAAAAAUAGUCGACAGAUUAAUUGAUUAGCAAAAUAACCAUCAUUUGCAGCCCUAGUUUUUGAUAUUAGGAUGGUCCAAACAACACUAGUGGAAUACUCUUAAGAUGCUUAAAUCUAGCUGAAAUCAAAUUGAAGAUUUGGUUAUUUUACCUUAAUUAUGAAUGUAGAUCAGCUUUGAAUUCUUUAAUUUCAGGUACAGCAGUGGAAAAUGGGUGCUUUUAUACCACAUUAAAAUGUGUUCAGAUGUAGAAAGCUAUUCUGGAUCUUUUGAGAAUAUCUGUUGUUUACAUUAAAAACGAUUUAAAGUAUAACAUUUCUAUAAACAAGCUGUAAGGUUGUUUAUUAGUAACUUUGUCUUUAAUCAGUCUAGGCAGAUUUAAAGUUAAUUUCAGAACCUUUUGUUGUUGGAAAAUGAGCAUCAGUCACAUCUUUAUUCUCUGAAAUAACUUGAUGAUGUUUUGCAAUGACCAAUGGCAGAAAUUAAGAGUGGCAGCAUCUACUUUAAACUGUCAAGGACAAGGACAACAACACAUGUAAUAGGAUACAAGAGACAAAUUAAGAGGUUUCUUCAGAAAUUCUUCUAAACAUGCCUUAAAUUUGUUAAGGUUCCUCUUUGUUUCUACAUUAAUUUUACAUUGACUUAAAGUGUGCCAAAUUUCAUUUGGCGGCAAUUUGUAACUUGAUGCCACUAGAUGACGCAGCAUCACACACUUUGGACUUUACUUAAACAUGAUUUCUUAAAUUUAUUUACAGACUUCAACCUAAACAAUGUUGCCUUUGCGCGUCACUCUCAGCAUCUGUAAGAGAAACCAACUCAGUGUGUUCUUACACUGACUGAAGACCUCAUUCUGCACCCAACGACUAACAAUGUGACUGGAUUACAGAACAUCUGAUUCAUAGACAUUAAACAUACCACCAGCUCUAUAUCAGUAAUUGUAGUCAUUGUAUACUCCUUAUUUUAGAUAAUAGUGACUUGAUUUUUUUAUUUCCAUGAAACUUUUGACUUUUAUUGUCAUAUAUAAAAAAUCUAUUUAACUCCUUAAUGGGCAUAACUGAAUGACAUGAUGUUGGUAUCAAGCAAAUACAAAAGAAGCCAAAGGAUGGACCUGAAGAAUCAAUACAACCUGUUAAUCUUUUUAUAUUUACUUUUAUAUGCUGACUGCUAUAAUGGUUAUGUUGAAUUGAAAUCAAUUGAACUGGGAUGUAUUUAAAACUAUUUGACUUUGCUGAUUGCACUUUAAAUAGACUGCAUUGAAACUAACUGACUAAACUGGGCAUGUUUUGAGUUUGGUACCGCUUUGCUAUAUGAUUCCUGUCUAAAGGAUUUCAUAAAUUAAUUAAGUUGUAAUGAAUUUAUCUAUCAUCACUGAGCAAUUAUAAGAUAUCAUAAGACAAUUGCAAUACUUUAAUGCAAAAUCGCUAUGCAAGGCAAGUUUAUUUGUAUAGCAUGUUUCAGUAACAAGACAAUUUAAAUGGAUUUACAUGAUGAAAACAUAAAAAAAUAAAACAUUAAAAAGACAUUGCCGUGGCAAGUAAAGAAAUGUUGUGCUGAGGUCCAAUAAUAGCAGCACCGUGGUUCUUCCACAGUCUGCAUUUAUUCCAAAGUCAUUGAACACCUUGACAAGUGCAGUCUCAGUAUUGUGGUGAGCACAGAAACCUGAUUGAAAAGUGUCAAAGCAACUGGUCAUUAUUAAGAGGGUGUUAAACUAUUGAAACAGCUUUUUCUGUAAUCUUACUGAUAAAUAUAAAAUUCUAGAUGGGCCUGCAAUUUUGCAAUAGCAACUUUUCCGAAUUGUUCUUUUCAAAAGCGGUUUGAUAUUUGCUGUUUAGCAACAUACUGGUCACUUGUAACUCCUCUUUGCCCUUUAACUAAGGAAUUAUAACUGAUCAUUAUUUGUUAUAAAAUUAAAAGGUCAUUACAGAUGAAUAACUGGUUUAAUAACUAGUAGCAAUAGCAUUAUUAAUUAAGGUGUAAACACUUUAUAAAUAGCUAAUAAGCAGUUAGAAAGCAGUAAUAAGACACUUGUCAUACUUUAAUGCAGGAUCAAUAUUUAGCAACAAACUGGUACACAUGCCUCUUAUUCCAUACAUUUCCUAAUGCACUUUAACUGCCUAUAUCUGGUUUAUGAAGUCUUUAAUGCUUAAUAAUUUAUUAACUAUCAGCAAUGCUGUUUUUUUGUUUAUUAUACACUUUUGAGGUAAACCAUGUUAAUUCAAAUAUUAAAGUAUCAAGUAUCUAAACAUUUGCAAAUAGCUGUUGAUUUUCUCUAAACAUUUUGAUAUUCUUAAUAUUGUCAUCGUGAAGUUCUGACUUGUGCUUUUUAUUUUGAUAGGACAAAAAUGACUAUUUUUGAGAUAACAACACCAGCUAUGAACUGAAUGUUGAUUAGUUGAGCAGCAGCAUUUGCACACUAUGUUUCCUACCAAAUUUACUUGCAAAUUGUCAAAGUCACUUUCUAUGAAUGCUUGACCCAAUAUACUGUAUUUUUGUCAUCUUAGAAAUAUUACUUCUGUUUCUUUCUCUCUGAUGUGUGAGUAACUUUUUUGAAUGGGCUGUUCAGUUGUAGGUUUAGGAUAUAUAAUGAGUUCUUUAAUUACGUUUAAUUAUUAUUAAAAUUGUUAAAAAGCUUGAACAUUAUAGGUCUAAACACAGAGUUCAAACUAGGGUGAAAUAACGUUUAUCUGCCUCCCUUAAGGACACUCACUAAGCUCCUAACAGAUCCUAUUGACCCAUUUCCUGUCUUGUUCAGAGGUUAAUUUAAAUCUUACGAAGAGUUAUGUCUCCCAGUAGUCUCAGUAAUGGGCAGUCUUCUGUAUUUAUAGUCCUGAGCCAAACUGAGAAUGAAAAAUGAAUGUAAUAAAAGUACAAUUCACUGUG